GUUAUUAUAAUAUGCUAGUAACAAUUUGUGUACAAAUUAAGAGCUCCUGCCUGAUGAUCCAUGGGCAAGAAGUUUGCCAAUGUGAAAGGAAAUUGUUGUAUACUUAUUUAUCUGACUUUUGCUACUUGUCUUGAAACAACAUCUACCAAAUUUGAAAAUUCUUGAUCUCCGUGAAUCAAAGAGCCUAAUCACGACACCAGAUUUUGAAGGCCUUCCAUGUCUAGAAAGAUUGAUUUUAUCACAUUGUAAGAGUUUAGAAGAGAUUCAUCCAUCAAUCGGAUAUCACAAAAGGCUUGUUUUCGUGGACAUGAGUGGGUGUAAAGGACUUGAAAGGUUUCCACCUAUCAUUGAGAUGAAAAAAUUGGAGACUCUUGAUCUCUCUUAUUGCAGUAAACUUCAACAGUUUCCGGAUAUCCAAUCGAACAUGGUUAGCUUGGUAACACUUCAUUUGCAUUUAGUUAGUUAGUUGUUGUUUUGAGGUUGUUACACAUCUACAAACAGAGGUGUAUAUUGCAUAUUUCAUUCCGGUAAUACGCUUCUUCUUCUGUAGAUUAAAGGCAAAUUAGCUUAGUUUCAGUUUCUUGUAUAGUCAACAUUACAUGCAUGCCAAAUGCAUUAAUUAAAGAAACUUUUGAUGAUAUUGCCAGAGGUAAUAAAUUUAAUAUUACAAGUUGUCUAUAAUAUAACAAUAUGAUGUUUUAAGCAGUUGGAAUAUGCAUUGCAUGUUACAUUGCCAGAGGUUGUUAUUAUAAGAUAUUAAGAUGUUAUAUCAUAUGCUAGUUUAAGUUUGUGUAUAAAUUAACAACUCCUUUCCUGCCUAGUGAUCGAUCAAUGGUCCGGCAAGACGUAUGCCAAUGUGAAAGGAAAUUGUUGUAUACUUGAUUAUUUAUUUGACUUUUCCUACUUUUCUUGAAACAGAGUCUACCCAAUUUGAAAAUUCUUCAUCUCCGUGAAUCAAAGAGCCUAAUCACGAUACCAGAUUUUGAAGGCCUUCCAUGUCUUGAAAGAUUGAUUUUAUGGGGUUGUGAGAGUUUAGAAGAGAUUCAUCCAUCAAUUGGACAUCACAAAAGGCUUGUUUUCGUGGAAAUGAGUGGGUGUUCAAGACUUAAAAGGUUUCCACCCAUCAUACACAUGAAAAAAUUGGAGACUCUUAAACUCCGUUUUUGCCAGCAACUUCAACAGGUUCCGGAUAUCCAGUCGAACAUGGAUAGCUUGGUAACCCUUGAUUUGCAUGAUACUGGUAUAGAAAUAAUCCCACCGUCAGUCGGACUAUUUUGUACGAACCUUGUUUCUUUCGAUUUAAGUUAUUGUCGCAAACUGAAAAGGAUAGAGGGAAACUUUCAUCUCUUAAAAAGUUUGAAUCUCACCAGUUGUACGGGGUUACAAUCUUUUCAUCAAGACGGGUCGGUGAGCCUGAAGCUACCUCAGUUUCCACGUUUUUUAAGGAAGCUGGAUCUUAGUUGGUGCAAAUUGGGAGAUGGAGACAUCCCAUCUGAUAUUUGUGAGUUAUUAAACCUACAACUACUAGACCUACGUCGAAACCUAUUUUCAAGAUUACCUUCCGGCAUCUCCCAACUCCCAGGUCUCAAGCUCCUUAAUUUGUCACACUGCUGGAACCUUGUAGAAUUGCCAGACCUCCCAUCAAGCAUAGCUAUUCUCAAAGCAGAUGGUUGUGACUCACUUGAAAUUGCAAGAGGAGAUUUAUCAUACUGUAAAUGUAAAUGGUUAUGGAAAGUCUCACUUUGGAGGAGAGCGAAUAAGAGGGUACUACUUUCUAUGCUUGAGGAAAACGCAGUUAAAGAUCGUUUUAUGAGUGUGUUAAGACCCAAUGUUCAACCAUCAAGCAUUUAUACCAAACUUGUCACAUUGCAACUUCCACACAACUGGUACAGUGGCUUUAGUGGAUUUUUAUUAUCAUUACGUGGUCGUGAUUGCCAUUACGGGAGGCAUCGCAUAGUUAUUAAGCAGGAGAUGUCUACGGAUCACCCUGAAGAGUUUGGUGAAGAUUGGGAACAAUGUAAGUUUGGUGAAGAUCACUCUGAGAAGUUUAAUAACGAUUUGGGACCAUAUGACUCUGAAAGCGUGGGCAUGGGUUACUCUCACGAGUCUGAUGAAGAUUGGGAACAAUGUAAGUAUGAAAGGGUGGGUUAUGUACCCUUUAGUUCAUUGAGGCACAUCCCAUGGUUCAAUCCUACAUACACUCAAAAUAUUUCAUUUCAGGAUGAAGAUGAUGAUAGACUUAAUGUAGAACUUGUUCGUAGUAAAAGUAAAAUAGGUGAUUUAAACGAACACCCAAUCGAUUACUCAGAGUGUUGGGAUGAAGAAUAUAAAGAUAACAAGACAUUUGAGAUCACAUAUGAUUCAAAGUCCUCUGGAAUUCAGAUUUUAUGGGCUUGGUAGUCGACCUCAGUUUCAAAUUUCAACAUUUGCCCACAUUUUGUUACCAUUUUAAGUUUGCUUUUGCUUCUCCAACGUCAGUGCAACCUAAAAGAAGUUGUAAUAAAUUCUCCUCUAAUAUCUCUUAAGACUUCACAUUCUACACUUAGUUCAUUAUCAGGUUUCAUAUCGUU